AUUCAAUCAACUGAAAAAAGGGAGUCCUCGGACUUUCAUCUCUCUCUCUCUCUCUGCGUGCGGAUUGUUACUGUUUCUUUCGGAGCUUCCUCGACACUCUCCCCCUCCUCUCCGACCCCUUUACGGUGCCCUCCGCCGCGGCAGUUCAGCUGGCUUCGGGAGGUUGGAGUCAUCACAGUUGAAGUAGAGAACAUGUCUGCACAAGCACCUGCUGGCUAUAUUGACGUGAUGCCUGCUGUCUAUCUUACUGGAACAGUAAAGGAAGGGAAUAUUGGUCCAUCUGUCGGUCUUCUUGAUAUAGGAGUGAGCGACAAUGCAUAUAUAUUCCGGAUAGCACUGCCCGGUAUUCUGAAGGAUCCAAAUGGGCUAAAAUGUGAGGUUAAUCAUAGUGGGAGGGUCCAGAUACAAGUGGAUAUGGCGGGCGUAGCGGCUAUGAAAGACUGCCCUCCAGACAAUUUCAAGUUCAUAACCCCUCAGCUCAGCUCGCCUGGACCAUUCGUAGUUUCCUUUAACCUCCCCGGGCCUGUAGAUGCCCGGCUUUUCACACCUAUCGCCCGUCGAGACGGCGUCCUCGAAGUAGUGAUCAUGAAAUCAAAAAAACCUGGCACUCCAGGGGGCACACCAUCUGAGGCUCCUGCGCAGGCUGUGUGAUAGAGAAGUCAUUCUUUUCUUUUUGGAGUGAAAUCUACUCUGCUGCUCUGCUUGAGGCUCAGAAAAAGAUGUACAAGCAGUGUUCAGAUGUUUCUUUUCUUUGGGGAUCCUCUUAGGAUGGAACCUUAGGGAAAAAUGUACAUGGGCACUCUCAAGCGUAUUCUGUGAUUGAAAACAAGAAAUGAAUGUAACACGCACGCGAUGUUGAUCCAUUGCUUAUUAAUUAUCGGUUUGAUGCUUUAUAUCGA